AUGAGGGUAGGGCUACAAGAGGAAGCUUUUGCAAAUUGGUGGCUUAAAUUAGGCGAUGAAAGGCUACCUGUAAAGCACGAUGAUCCACUGCACGGCUGCAUGCCUCCUGAAUGUGUCCUUCAACACAAUGAGGACCGCAUUCAAGCUAUUUUUGGGGAUGUUGCAGCAGCUGAUUUUAGGAGUCGUGUUAUUUUGACACCAACAAAUGAUGAAGCUCUAGAAAUUAAUGACCUCAUUUUAAAAACACUUCCCGGGGAAACGCGAACUUAUGUUUCCAUUGAUUCAGUUCUUUCAGACGACCCUGAAGAACUUGGUAUGUAUCCUAUGGAGUUUUUAAAUAGCAUUACGCUUUCUGAUAUGCCGCCACACAUGUUGCAUUUGAAAUCCGGGUGUAUUGUAAUGCUCUUAAGAAAUCUUAGCCUAAAAAAUGGAUUGUGCAAUGGCACAAAAGUAGUUGUUUGCCACAUGAGAGACAAUGUUCUUGAUUGUGAACUUCUUGCUGGGAUUGCUGCAAGUAAUCGUGUACUAAUUCCACGCAUUGCACUUGCUCCCAAUGAUACUAACUUGCCAUUUCAAAUUAAACGUGUUCAAUUUCCAUUACGUCUUUCGUACGCCUUGACCGUAAACAAAAGUCAAGGUCAAACUUUUGAAAAAGUUGGAAUAUAUCUUCGCAGACGUUGCUUUAGCCAUGGUCAACUUUUUGUUGCCUUUUUAAGAGCUCGCGCUCUUAGACAUGUCAAGGUCAAGGUUAGUGUGAUAUCUCCUAAACAUAGGCAUACUUUUUACCGGUAUGCAUGGCAGUAUCAGUUGUGUUCUGUCAAAGUGGGCAAUGUUGAUAUGUGUUUUGUCCAUGGACAGUGCUCAAAGCUUCUUCACAGAAAGUUCUUGCAACUUACUAUGAUUAAACUUUGCGUUCUGUCCAAAAUAUUUGCACGAUUGCCAGUUAUUUUGUGGAUACCAAAACGGUUUUACACAGUGUUGCUACAGAGCGUCUAUCUUAUACACCAUCUAACGUGUAAACGUUGGAUGUAG